CGUUUUAUUUACCUGCGGUAGCCCCUUGCAGACGAAUUUGUGUUUAAUUUUUUGGCUCUGUUUUGUUUUAAUUAAGAAAUAGUUGCGGAGUGGUCAUGUUACAGCACUUUGAACGAAUUUAAAGUGUUUGCUAAUGAAUGGUAAAUCCAACAAAAUGCCGAACAAAACGGAGACAAUUCUCAGGGGUCCUGCUGAUGUAAACGUGAAACUGGAGAAUAGCAGCGAGUUACUCAGCGAUCCAUCGAAGUAUUUACCGCCGAACUGUGUCACUGGUCUGAAACAAUUCGACAACGAAAAUCAUUUGCAAGAUCAUACAACCGAAAAGCCGUUUCAAUGUCAUAUUUGCAGCACUGCCUUCAGACUCAAACACACUUUGAAGAUGCACAUGAGACGGCACACAGGACACCAGACGGAAUUCAAAACAUUUACAUGUGACAUUUGUGCGAAGUCAUUCAGGAAAUUUCAAAGAUUGAAGCUGCACAUGGCGAUGCAUGGCGGCAGCGAGACACAUCAGUGCAAAAUUUGUUCCGACUCCUUCAACAAUUUGAGCUCGCUAAAUAAUCACAAGAAGCAACAUCAUCCCGAUGCAUUCAAGUGCACCGAUUGUCUGAAAACUUUUGCGGAUGACCGGGCGCUAAGUAACCAUGUCAAACGUAUCCAUCGCUCGGAACGACCGUAUAAAUGCGAGCUGUGUGAUAAAACGUGGAAGACGAUGGUUGAUCUGAAAGGUCAUCUACGAACACACCUAUCCGACGAGAGACCGUACAUAUGUGACAUAUGCAACUAUGCUUUCAAACAACUUUGCGCGUUGAAAUUGCAUAUCAAGCAGAUACACGUCGGUGGACGGCCUCACAAGUGCGAUGAGUGUGGUGCUGGUUUCAAUCGUCAGGAUUACUUGCUGAUCCAUAAACGGGUCCAUAGUAAGGAAAAACCUUACACGUGUGAGGUUUGCAGCAGUGCGUUUAGUCAGCUAUGCUCGUUGAAGGCUCACAUGGCUAUUCACUCCAACGAACGGAAGUACACGUGCGAGUAUUGUGACGCCAAAUUUUUGCGUAUGAGCUCUCUCAAAAUUCACUUCAGAACGCACACGGGUGAGAAACCGUACUCGUGUACCGUCUGUUCAUCUAGCUUCGUCCAGAAAUGUACACUCAAACAACACAUGCGAACGCACUCUGACGAUCGACCGUUUCAAUGUAGCAUUUGCGAGGCUUCCUUCAAGUUUAAGACCAUUUUGAACCGGCAUGUGGAAAAGCAUACGACGACACAGACGACAUUCAAGUGUGUUGAUUGCGGUGAAGAGUUUGCCCAAUCGAACUUGCUGAAAUUUCACAAACGAAAGCAGCACAAAGACAUUUACUACACGGUCCACUGUAAAGAGUGCCAACGAUGCUUCAGCAAUGACAAAAUGUUGGCCGAUCACGUUGCCAAAGUACAUCGGGUCGACAAACUGUUCAAAUGCGAACUAUGCACGAAGCGGUUCAAGGCUGAGUCGGAUUUAAACGUUCAUUUGGCGGCACACUUAGACGAACGCCGUUACAGGUGCACUGUUUGUGAUGGUUCCUUUAAGCAGAGCCACCGAUUGAAGGAACAUAUGCGUACCCAUACGGGUGAGAGACCAUUUCAAUGUGAGAUAUGCGACGCUGAUUUUAAGUAUCGCAACAACUGGAAGCAACACAUGAAAAUCCAUAAAAACGAAAAAUCGUUCAAAUGCAACGAAUGUGAUGCUUCGUUUAUACAGAAGAAUUCAUUGAUCACGCAUUCGAGGAUUCACUCCAACGAUAAGCCAUUCAACUGUGAAGUCUGUUAUAUGAGCUUCAAGCAUGUGCACAGUCUAAAAACGCAUCUAAGGAAGCACACAGGUGAAAAACCGUUCAAGUGCAACAUUUGCAAUGCUUCGUUCAACCAUCGGGCUAGCUUCAACAUUCACAAGAAGACGCAUGAUGAAGAUAGGCCGUACAAGUGUGGCAUCUGCGAUGCUACGUUCAAACACAGCAGCUAUUUGAAGAAUCACCUACCCACGCACACGGAAGAGAAACUGUUUAAAUGCACCAUAUGUCCGUCGUCGUUCAAACAACAUAGAUAUUUGAAUCAACAUCUGAAAACGCACACAACGGAACGUCCCUUUAAAUGUGACUCAUGCCCUGCCGCAUUUAAAAUGCAGAAAAGUUUGGUCGAACAUAUUCGCAUUCACACCAACGAAAGGCCGUUCAAAUGCAACGUCUGCACUUCUGCCUUCAAACAACAGCACACUUUGACGCAACAUUUGCGAACUCAUACGAAGGAACGCCUGUUUAAAUGCGAGGUGUGCCCGAAAUCAUUUAUGCAACACAUUUCGCUGAAGGCACACAUACAGCGCGUCCACAACAAGGAAAAUCCGUUCAAAUGUAGCCAAUGCGACAAGAGUUUUGGUGAUGAAAAGGGUCUGAGGAAUCAUAAGCGGAAAAUCCACGAUUUAUCGUCGAUUUUUGUGUGCGAUCUGUGCUGUGCAACGGUCAAAGGUAAAACUGCGCUCAAAGCCCACAUGAUGAAACAUCGGAAGGUAAUAAAGCUGCUAAACUUGAAAGUAUAAUUUUUUACAUUUUGACGGUCAAUUCAAGUGCUAGGCAUUGAUUAGGUUGCGUAUUCGGGACCGUUCGUUAAAACCAUUUGUGUAGCAGAUGAGAACGUUCCUCACUCACUCAUAAUCUAUUGAUUCUCUUGCUACGUCCAUGUUUCAUGGGAUUUUUCUUUUAUUUUGGUUGAACAUGCCAUUUUGCCAUAUAAAAGCGGUCAUCGCUCAUUUUAUUGUCGUUGUCGAGUUGUCGAGUUGUCGAUAACAGAUAGAUAGUCGUAACUCAAUGAUUUAAUCUCAAGACUGUAGGUCACACUUGUUGAGCUGCGGUUUAAUUGUACUUAAAUGUGUUAUGUAAAUCAACUUGUGCAUCCGUUGUAUUGUUUAAGCAAUCGUAUAUAGAGCGAGUUGACCCGUGUAAUUAAACAAAUGCUUAAAAUUCAGAUUAAUUCAAACUAUUGAUCGCAACAUAAGAAGCCGCGUGUCCAAUGAUGAAGUAUUUUUGAUUGAUUAGUUUAUUGUCCAGACAUGUUAUAACCUUUUUAAAGGUACAUAUCAACCGCGAACAAAACAACACGCUAAUACGUUUACGUUUGCCACUUUAAAACUGCGUGGGUUAGGAGAGUCUUUGAGAUGAUUUUUUUUAAACUAAGGCUGGAACAGGUUCCUGAACCUAAAAAUCAAGACCAUAUAAAUAGAAAAUUAACCUUAUUUUCAUGUUCCCUGAAAUGUUCAUAUAAUUCUUUCAGGUAACCUGAAAUUUGACCUGGAUUAACCUAAUUGAUUACUUGCAGGUUUCAGGUCUGACCUGACCUGAUAGGGAGCAUUAUUUUGAAUGAUUUUUUUUACCCUAAGCGAACAAUUUCAGAGUUUCCUCAUAACUUACAAUAGAAAAAAAAAUCGAAGAGAAAUGAGGUAAUUCAAUUUCAAUGCAAUGAAAUUGUAAAUCGAGAAUUAGUUUGCAUCCAUAAAAAGGAAUUGAAGAUUUUACUCACAUUACAUUGUUAUGGAAACCACUGACCCAACAGCCUCUCUUACCGAUUAGUCCUCGGGGCAACGAUGCGAAUCAAUAACAUUAAGAGAAGCAACGGACACGAUUGUUCUUCUUAAUGUUAAUGAAUUUGCAUUCAUUUCAGGUUCGACUGAUUUAUUCUGUUAAUAAGGUAGGCCCGUAAAGAUCUUCUUCAAAUGGAGUUUCACAGGGGAAUAUUUUGGACGAUUGAAGAUCAUGUUGUCUACUACACUUUUCUUCAUU